AUGGCGCGAGGCUCCCCAGGCAGCCGGAAGCAGGACCAUCCCCACCCCUCGGCUUUGGCAGAUGAGCAACCGUGUGGCUCACCCCGAAAGGAGCGUGAGCCCCAAGCUCUCGACUGCGCCGACGAGGCCAACCAGCAAGUGUGCGCGGACUUCGGGAUCACCGGCUUCCCCACGCUCAAGUUUUUCAGAGCUUUUUCCAAGAAGGCAGAAGAUGGGAUAAGGAUUUCCAAUCCCAGCGCCACAGUGCGGGACCUGCGGCACAGCAUCAUCACCCACCUGGAGCAGAGCCACGACGCCUGGCCGCCCGCCUGUCCUCCGCUGGAGCCAGCAAGUGCAGACGAGGUUCACAGCUUCUUCCAGAGGAACAGUGUCAAGUACCUGGCGAUGGUCUUCGAGAAGAGCGACUCCUUUGUGGGCAGAGAGGUGACGCUGGACAUGCUGCAGUACGAGAACAUCGCCGUGCGGAGGGUGCUGAGCAGCGAGGAGGAGCUCGUGAAGAAGUUUGGGGUGACCUCCUUCCCUUCUACAUACCUGCUCCUUAGGAAUGGGUCCUUCUCCCGCCUGCCCGUGCACAUGGAGGCACGUUCCUUCUACACCUACUACUUGAGGAUGCUCCCUGGCGUGACUCGGGGCUCUUACAAGCUGAAUGUGACUUCCAGUGCUUCCAAUGUGACCACCACGGCCCUGCUGAAGCAUGCUGACCGCUCCAAGGUGUACAUGGCCGACCUGGAGUCUGCGCUCCACUACUCGCUGCGGGUGGAGGUCACCCGGACCCGAGUGCUGUCGGGAGCCGCGCUGUCAGCCUUGAAGUGCUACGUGGCGCUGCUGGCCAAGUACUUCCCCGGACGCCCCUUCGUCCAGACCUACCUGCAGGCCCUGGACGACUGGCUGAGGAACUGGACGGAGCCCGAGCUGCCUCGUGAUGUCCUGAAGGAGGCCAUGAAGAACAAGGCAGACGACCCCCACCCUGCCAUGCUGCCCACCAACGUGACCUGGGUGGGCUGUCAGGGCAGCGAGCCCCACUUCCGCGGCUACCCCUGCUCUCUCUGGACCCUCUUCCACCUGCUCACGCUCCAGGCCUUCCAGAGCGGCCCGGACAAAGAGCUGCCGCUGGAGGUGCUGAGCACCAUGCGCUGCUACGUCAGGAACUUCUUUGGGUGCCAGGAGUGCGCGCAGCACUUUGAGGCCAUGGCCGCCGAGUCCAUGGACAAGGUGCUGGGCCGGCAGGAGGCCGUCUUCUGGCUCUGGUCGCACCACAACGAGGUGAACGCGCGACUGGCCGGUAGUGACACAGAGGACCCCAAGUUCCCCAAGCUGCAGUGGCCCCCGCCGGACAUGUGUCCCCUGUGCCACAAGGAGGAGAGUGGGGUGCACGUGUGGGACGAGCCGGCCGUGCUGCGCUUCCUCGAGGGCCACUUCUCCCCUGGCAACAUCGACCUGGGCUACACCGAGCCUGACACGGAGCUCCUGGCCAGGGAGAGGGCAGCAGCCGACAUGAGGCUCAGCACCAACCGACCUGCAGAGAGAGAUGGAGAGACGGAGAGGGACAAGGAGGAGGAAGACAAGGAGGAAGAAGACGAAGAGGAGGAGAAGCCGCCAGAGGAGGGUGCGGAAGGGGAAGGGGGAGCUCCGGAGCGGCCGGGCUCCUCGGAGCUGCGCCGGCCCAGCAUCGUGCGGCUAAACGGCAAGGCGCGCGAGGCGCAGGAUGACAUCGUGGACCUGGACUCCUUCAGCGAGCAGCACUUCAAGAGCAAGGCACUGCGGGCGGCCGGCCGGCGCCGACGCCUCAGCAAGCGUGACACCCUGCAUGGUGGCCGCCUGUGCAUCGUGCUCUACCUGCUCUCCUCCAUGUGCCUCCUGGGCAUGUACACCUUCUUCCGGCUCCGCAUGCGCUCCCGCAAGGGCCGCCCAGGCUUCCCCAUGGCGUGAGCCGCAGCAGGGAGCC